AUGGGCAACCAGGACGAAAAGACGGUGGCGAUUGUUGGUGCGGGCAUCUUUGGCCUUUCACUGGCCAUUUCUCUGCGCAAAAGGGGGCACAACGUCACAGUGUUUGACCAGCACCAAUAUGACAAGACGGGCUAUCAACCGUCGGAUGACAACCCCGAGCUGGUUGCGUCCGUAGAUCACAACAAAAUUUUUCGGGCGUCCUAUGGAACCAAGCUGCACUACCAGAGGCUCGCGCUCGAAAGCCGCGAGGCAUGGGUUGGCAUAAACAAGGAGCAGCGUGACAAAGACAAUGGAGCCGAGGACCUCUUUGUCCCCUGCGGCAUGCUGCGUGUCCAGCCCACUGCUUCUCUUAGCCAGCUGGAGCAGGAGACCCUCGCCAACAUGACACGCGACGGCCUCCGUGACACACAGUUCGUUGAAGGAAACUUCGAAGAUCGUGAGCGUGCCACUAAGCGCGGUUGGGGGUCCAAGCUUCUCGAAUUCUCAAUCCCCGACGAUCCAGACGGACGUAGUUUUGAGGCUGUGCUGGACUCGCUGGCGGGCUUUACGCGCUGUCACAAGGGUUGCGCAUACUUUCACCAAGUUGCCGAAAAAGUGGGUGUGGUCUUCAAGUUUGGACCCCAGCAGGGAAGCUUUGACUGCUUGAUUGAGGAGCAGGUUAGUGGUGGCAAGAAAGCGGUUGGUCUCAAGACCAAAGACGGACAGGUUCACAAAGCCGAUGUGGUUGUCAUCGCAGCCGGGUCAUUCUCCACGCAGCUCCUGCCAGACCUAUCUUACCACUUGGAAUCCUCUGCUGGUAGUGUUGCGACCUUUAAGAUUGGCGAAACUGACAAACAGCUCUGGGACAAGUACUCUCCAGAGAGGUUCCCCGUCAUUACCUGGAAGAGUGCGCCCAGAGAAGGUUUCGUGAAGAUUGGCUACCGCGGACUCAAGUUUACCAAUUUUCGACCGGCUCCUGAAGGAACACCAUUCACGCAGGAUGGAAAAUGGUCCAUUCCUCUGCCACCUUCAGAGUGCAAAUCACUGCCCUCGUUCUCUUCAGAUGCCAUCAGAGAGUUUGUGGCAAUCUUCUUGCCCGAGUUCAAAGAUGUGCCAUUCUAUUCGACCAAGCUGUGUUGGUACACAGACUCGCUCGACAACUCGUUCUUGAUCGACUACGUUCCGACAUAUGCCGAUCGUUCGGUAUUUGUUUGUACGGGUGGCAGUGGGCAUGGCGCCAAGUUUAUGCCCGUCCUCGGCGAGGUAAGCAAGACGUAA